GCAAUUUGGGAAAGUAGGGUACGUGUUUACGGUACCCGGUGCAGCCUUUUUUACGCUACACCAGCAUUGGAAGAUGGCAUCCCGUGUACCCGGUGCGGACAGCCUAAGUGGUAUAACACCCAGGCUCAUGUGAUUCUCCUCUUCAGCUUCAGGACGCCAAUUGUGAUGUUAAGGUGUGCUAUUUUUUUAUACUAACUGUGACAAGUAUUUUUAAGGGGCGGAUCAUGAAAGAAAAGCACCCCUAGAAUAAUUUCUAGUAAUGUCCAUAUUGUGGGCCAACCCUAGACAUCCUCAUUUUUAGGAGUCGUCCAAAAUAUAAAAUGCUCCUGAAAAUGAUGGCACGGCCGGGGGCAGUUUGUGUUUUAACCAACAAUUGAAAAUAAUGGUGGUUUCUUAGCGGCAGAUCGAAACAUGAACCAUCUCUAAAAAUAGAUUUCUAGGACUGGAUGAAUUGCUAAAGAAUACAGGAAUAGCGGCGGGGGCGGACAAACUUUUCAUCUCAUAUUGAAAAAAACGAGUCCUAUAAAUAUAUUUCUUUAGUAGUGCUUUCUUCCGUUCUUCUCGAGCUUUGUUUGGAUUCCGGUAUUAAACUUUCUCCCCCAUAUUUAGAUGCCAAUUAGGAGGACUAAUUUGAGGUUAGAGUCCAUUAUUAGCCCUAAUUAACCUCUGUUUAGAACCAUUGUUUUAGUCCUUCCAAAUGGGGCCUUAUUUUUUUGUAUAUACAUUUCUCAGAAGUUUAGAUAGAGCACUGAGAUUAAUUAUAUCCCUCUUUUGGUUUCAUGAAGCACAUAUAUAUUGGACCCAUUGCAAAUAAUAAAUUAAAGUGUUCCGGAAAAAUUGUUGUCAUGUGACAAGAGCGUUUUGGAAAUGAAGUAUACUCUUUUCAAGAUUUCCCUUAGCACAAUUAUUCCAUAAAUACAAAUAUUUACGAAUCUGCAAUGAUAUCAUGCCACAUCCACAAGAAUACGAUACCUUAAAUCAUACGAUAGGGAAAUAUGAGAUAUGAUGGCAUAUAAAUCAGGAAAUAUGAGAUACGAUGGCAUAAAUCAGGAAUCAAAUGAACAAAUCAAAUCAAACCUUGCAUGCGUUCACCCUUGAUAGGGAAAUACGAGAUACGAUGGCCUAAUGCAUGUAUCUGCAAUGAUAUCAUGCCAAAUCCACACGAAUUAAUUUUUGAUGGCUGGACAUGCUGGCACGUAGUCUAUAAGUACCGUACCUAGCCAAGAUGAUAAACUACGAAAAUUAGAAAAGUUCUGCAGAGCACUAGAGCAGACACGGCAGCAGACAAAUGGAGGACAAACUGAUGUCGAUCUUCCUAUUCCUGGUACUUUUCUGCCUUUGCAACCAAGGAAAUGCAGAACGAUGCAGCCUGUCGGACCUAGCUGUCACCCAGACCGCUGUGCCGUCGUCAAGGGCCGAAGGCUACACGAAGUACACGGUGACGGUGGAGAACCGGUGCAUCUGCACGCAGGGGAACAUCAAGCUAUCCUGCAGCGGAUUUACAUCCUCCCUGGGAGUCAACCCGGACGUGCUCAGCGUGGACGGCGACGGCAAGUUCUGCACCCUCAACGGCGGCCGCCCGAUCGGCAUGGGCCCUGACUACGCCGUCAAGUUCUCGUACGUGUGGAGUUCCGAGUUCAGCUUCAAGCCCGUGUCAUCAACCAUCGCCUGCUCCUGAGCUCAUUCCCAUUAAUUCACGGCAAUUUGUACCGUUUGUUUUUUGUUGGAUCAGGUCUGCCUUUGGUUAAUAAAUUUUUAGACAAUGAAUCGAGGAUUGUGUUUCUUUAACAAGGUAUACCAUCAUCCAAAAGUACUGAUGGAUAUUUAAA